AUGUGCAGCACCACGUUUGUGAGAUACUACUGCAACGACAAAAAAUGUGACUACUUGAUCAGAUACAAGCAGAACGAAACGCCAUGUGAUGAGAAGAAAAAGUCUCCGCGGGCCAAAUACCUAGCAACAGAGGUCAUCGAACUGAUCGUACAGAAUCUUUCAGUGCGCCCAGACCUCAACGCCUUCUGCCAAACCAACAAACGGUUUUACCUCAUUGCCAAUGACCUUGUGUAUCAUGAGGAUGCGCACUGGAGGUGCAGAGCCCUCCAGUGGGGUUCUGAAGAGGGCCUCGUUUCAGUGGUAGAGAGAUCUUUGGAUCAAGGUGCUGAUAUCAACUACAUCAUCAACGACGAAGACGAGACUGCCUUGUUUCCAGCUAUAAGGAAACAGUACUGGAAUGUUGUGGAUCUGCUGUUGGCGAGAGGUGCUGAUGUUCACCGCAGGAACAAGGUUGGGGAUAAUCUUGUGUACUUUGCGGUGACGACUGGCAGUUAUGAUCUAGUGAAGCUCAUGCUGGAUCAAGGUGUUGAUCCAAAUUCCCACGUCAAUGGCGAUGUUCCUCCUUUGUUGCUGGCAGUGCGAAGAGGAUAUCUCGAUAUCGUGAGAUUGCUCUUUGAUAGCGGGGCAUAUAUCGAUGAUAGCGACGACUGGGGUGAAACGCCUCUGCAUAUCGCCGUAGGUGCGCCUCAGCAUGACAUCCUAAGCUUCUUCAUCGAAAAGGACGUUUUUCGCAAAGACAAGACUGGGGCUCGUGGAGCUGAUGCACUCGAGAUGGCUGUCAUACGAGGAGACAUGCCAAUUUUGGCAUUGCUUCUUGAGGGCGGCGCUGACCCGCUUGUUCGAAGGUGGACGAGACAUCAUGCGAUUAUCACAGCGGCACUAGCUCGGGAAGAUGAUAUGGCGAUCUUGAUGACAGAACGGUUGGUAGGAGAACCCGGUUUCAUUAAUGAGCAUGGCAAGGAACUCCUCUGGUAUGCCGUCAAAGGAAGAUGUCAACGGUAUACUCGAUUCCUGUUGGGCAAAGGGCUUGAUCCAGAAACAGAUCUAUGGAGGGAAGUCGAUGGCAGUAUGGUAGGAGGUUCAUCUCUGAUAGUUGAGAUGCUGGGCGCUGGAGUACUGAUAGCAUGA